AUGGCCUCCUCAAGCGAAGCAGACAAAGACGCGAAGGGUGCGACAAGCAAGAACUUUAUCGAUCUCUACGACGGAGCAGACGAUCUCCUCGAUUAUGGCGACACGUACGAUCUCGAUGCCGAUCUGCUGGGUACAGACCUCGCGAAUGUUGAGGACUACGACGAGUUUGACCUCGGCGUAGAUGACGAGUUUGCGAUUGAUGCAGCCGAGGAGCUGUUUGCGAACACCAACAGUGAGCACAGCAAAGCACAGGAACCGAACAACACCAGCAACGGCAAACUCGCGACUGAUGAUGCUAUGAAGGACCGCAACAGCGGAUCAUCCAACGAUCCAACUGAAUCCACCUCAUCAGCCUUGCUCACGCAAGAUACCGGUACUCGAAACAGUAGCAAUGGCAUCCAACCCUCAUCUCAGAAUCAACAGCGCAAUGAGAACUAUGGCGAACAGAACCGCCAAGUGGCCAAUGGCCGUCAGCCGUAUUCUACCGCUGCAUCUUUGCGUGGAGGCCCAGGUCGAGGAGGCAUGCGAAGCCGCGGACAGAACUAUAUGGGGAUGGGGCGCGGCAACUUUCAAGGACACCCCGGCAUGAGCCAUCAUAAUAUGAUGGGCAUGAACAUGGGGAUGGGGAUGGGGAUGGCUAUGGGCAGGGGGGGCGUAAACGGCGCCAUGGGCCAGAACAUGAAUAUGGGCGUGAAUAUGAAUAUGAACAUGCCCAUGCAAAUGAUGAGCAUGGGCAUGGGUAUGGGAAUGGGGCCUCGCUUUCCCAGGGAUAACUUCGGUAACCAGGGUAUGAUGUAUCCAUAUGGUAGUGGACAAGGGAUGGACGGUGGACGGAUGAACCCUGGCAUGGGAGGCAUGAAUGUCCGGGGGCCGGGUAUGGGCGUGCCAGGCAGGACCAUCCAUAUCAACCCAAACUUCCAGAAGCAUAUCGGGACGCCAGGCGUCCCAGGAAUAAGUGCCGCCUCUUCUCAGCAGCCAUACCAACAGCAACGACUCCAACCUCAAGACACGGCUAAGAGUCAAACACGAACAUGGGAAAGCAGUUCCAGCGAGGUUACUACUCAGAUAGCACGCUUAGGAACGCAUGAUGUACGCGAUGACGAUCGUCAUGAAAAGAACCAACGGUAUUCUGAACGAGACGAUGGGAGGAGUGGUUAUGAUCGAUCGAGCAGCACGUCAAAGCCCAGUUCGGACCAUGGAGAUCGGCACAUCGGGGAUUCCUAUCGACCCUCAGCCAGAACAGACAACGAUGGCGGACUAUCGACUACAGGAGGCAUCUCCGGUAGAUUGUCUGGUGGUAUGCCAAGGCGGAGCCAAUCACCAUCUAUCUCAAGAAGCACAGGAUCUAUAGCCAACAGACUAACACCAGGAUUGAAGCGCUCAGGAGAAGGACUGGAGGAUUCGUCAAAGUCACAAAAAUUGAGUGGAGAAAGCACCCCUCGCAGCGAAGAAUCCCAAUCUUUAAAUGCAGAUAGAGACCCCGGCUCUGUCUCGUUCCUGCGACGAGAGCCACCUCAGUCCUCGAGAGAAUCAGGUGACAGAGGAGCGAGUGCUGAACCAAAGGGGUUUGUCAAAAUGGAAAACGUGCCUGAGGCCUUAUCCGACGAAUCGAUCCGCAGAUUAGCAGACGGCAUCUCUGGAGUCGAUCGUGUUCUCAGCAUUUCUAAGAAGGGCGGCCGCACUGUGACACUGGGAUUUGCCUCUGUGGACGAAGCCAAGUUCUUCCGUAGACAGAUUAAUAGGACGACAAUCGAGGGUUCUUUGGUCACAGUGACCCUGAGCAACUCAUAA